CAGGGGGGCAUCAUUCUCUACUUCGCGCUGCUGUUCCGGGAUAGUAACAGUAGUGUAGAAUCAAGAAAAGCGCGGGAAAAUGGCGGCGGCGGCUGGUGGGAGGGCGGUGGUGCUGUCACAUCCGGUGACAUUCGUAACAGGCAACGCCAAGAAGCUCGAAGAAGUUCGCGCAAUCCUCGGCAACUCAAUCCCUUUUCGAUCCCUCAAACUCGAUCUGCCAGAAUUACAAGGUGAGCCUGAGGAGAUUUCCAAGGAGAAGGCUCGGUUAGCUGCGAAAGAGGUAAACGGGCCGGUGCUGGUGGAGGACACUUGUCUUUGUUUCAAUGCUCUCAAGGGUUUACCAGGGCCUUACAUCAAGUGGUUUCUGCAGAAGAUAGGUCAUGAAGGUCUAAACAAUUUAUUGAUGGCAUAUGAGGACAAAUCAGCUUAUGCUCUAUGUGUAUUCUCUCUUGCUCUUGGGCCAAAUACAGAUCCAAUUACUUUUUUGGGGAAAACUCAGGGAAUGAUAGUUCCUCCAAGGGGACCGAAUGAUUUUGGAUGGGAUCCAAUCUUCCAACCUGAUGGAUAUGACAAGACUUAUGCGGAAAUGGCGAAGGAAGAGAAAAACAAGAUUUCUCAUCGUUAUAGGGCCCUUGCUCAGGUGAAAUCACAUUUUGUCGAGGCUGAAUAUACUUUUCAGACAGAACCCUGAUUUAUGAGUGAUAUAUGAAUAUACUUUUCAGAUGGAACCCUGAUUUAUGAGUGACAUAUGUGAUUUCUAGAACAUAUUGAAGCACUCUGAAAAAGCAUGCUUUACUGAUUAGUAUGUGUAGGGUAUGUCUGGAAACUAAGGAAGCUCCUGGUUCAACUUUGGUUUCAAAUUUAUAAAUGAAAAACUCUAACGUGUUAAAUU